GUUAAAUACAGUCCAACAGAAAAAAUUGCAUUUGACGCAAUAUGAUAACCGUUACUCUGACUGGUGCUCCAUUGAAGCCUCUAUAAUCGGGUUCUUCGUAUCUAGUAGGUUGCUUUUGUGCCGGCCUAAACCCAAACAGAGGAUAAUUUGCUGCCAAGGUCGAUUUUCGUUUCCAGUUAGUGACAAACACGCUCUAAAAAUCAUCUAAAUCCAGAGGUGCGGUCUUUCUAGGCCUUCCUUACUGUUGCGUUCUUCUCGCACAAUUGAGUAAUCCACCGCAAUGAGCAGGCCAUUUGUUGUUUGUUAUAUAUGCGGACGCGAGUACGGCUCAUCCUCCAUCGGAAUACAUGAGCCGAAGUGUCUGGAGAAGUGGAAAACGCAGAACAAUCUCCGGCCUCCGAACGAGCGCCUUCCGCUUCCAGUGAAGCCAGGCGUAUCAAAGCAGUCCGGACCACUGGGAACGAACAACAAAGAGAAUCUCACAGUCGCUUACAAUGAAGCAGCCGCGAUGGUAGCAAGUAGUAAUUUGGUGCCUUGCCCAUUGUGUGACCGGAAAUUUAACCCAGACCGACUAGAGGUUCACAAAUCGGUUUGUAAAGCCAGCAGUAAUCGAAGAUAACGUAACAACGCGAACGAGACGAGAUGCAUAUCACUUACAAAAUGCACCUUCAUGAAUGAAGUCGGAGGUUUACUUUUCACCAAUAUAAAAAAGUUGAAGCCUAUAGAUCUGAAAAAGAAACACCACAUGUACCUAUUUUCCAGCAGACCUCAAAAAAGAAACGAGCAGAUGUUUAGCAUUUAAGAGAUGAAGUGAGAACUGGUAGUGUUCUGUUGCUGGAAAUGGCUCCCAGUCGGAUCAGGAGGAAUAUGUUACUAAACACCAGGGGAGAGACAACCAAUUACGGUGAACCAAGUAACUGUUUUGGAACCCAAAUGCGAACAAUGCACUUUACUCCCCUCUUCUAACAAUGAAAUUUUGUUUCGAUUCA